UUGCAGCAUAUAUCCUUGAGCCCGGAUCGCAAACUCAUAGCUAUAGUUGGGGAUCAUCUUAAUGGAUUGCUUGUACACUCUUCAAGUGGAAAGGCAGGAACUUGUGAAUACAAGGGCUGCCACAGUGGAAGGCCACCUAGACUACUCGUUUGCAUCCGCAUGGCAUCCAGAUGGCCGAAGCUUUGCUACAGGCAAUCAAGACAAGACUUGUAGGCUAUGGGAUAUAAUAAAUCUUGCAACCCCGGUCUCGGUUCUUAAAGGCAACAUGGCCGCGGUUCGAUCGGUUUGUUUUUUAUCAGACGGGAAGUUUUUGGUGGUUGCAGAAGCUGCGGAUUUUGUUCAUGUCUGCAAUACCAAGCUAAACUAUGAAAAACGACAAGAGAUUGAUUUAUUUGGGGAGAUAGCUGGUGUCUUUCUUAGUCCUGAUGAUGAAACGCUUUACAUUGGCGUGUCGAACUGGAUUUAUUCGAGCUUGCUAUAGUAAAACAAACGACAUAGG